UUUGUUCAAACGUCAAAAAGAGGAAAAUAUAGUUAUGAUGAUUAUAUUAAUGUUAAUUUUCCUAAUGAAAUUGUUUAUCCAACUUUGUUAGUUUGUUUAUUGUUUAUAAUAUGGAUAAGUAUACUGUAGACUUAGACAAAGUACUAAAUGAUUUUGAAUACAGUGAACUAACAGACCAGUAUAACUCUUCAAAAGUGAAAUGUAACGAACCUAAUUCUACUGACUUGGGAGGUGUUAGAAGUACACCCCACAGAAAUGAUUCCACCUCUGCUUACAAACUGUCAAGUGCAAAACAUUCAAUAAACAAUGUCUUUCAAAGUUUAAAUGAAUACCUAAAUACAGACAUAAGAUCACAUGAGCAACAAAACUAUGAAAGUUAUAAUGAAAAUAUCAAGUAUCCAGAAGAACUACCUGUUAAUAAAACUAGCAGCAUAAUCAAUAAUUCAGAAAAUGUAACUGAAAAUAAAACUAGAGCUGAUCUGAAGGAGUUCAUCAUUAAUAAUGAUUUGAGUAAUUGUAAGACUGAUGUAGACAAUACAAGCAAAAACUUCAAUGUAAAUAGUAGUGGUAAUAUGCAAAAAGUAAAUAACGAAGUUAGUAACAUCCAAGUCAGUGAUAUUACGGUAGGCAAAGAUGAAGGUGAACAAAACUCAGAAAAAAGUGGUGAAAUUGAGACAAAGGAAACUUCCUCUAAUUCAUCAAAUUUAAAAAUUCUAGAAAAUAGUACAACUGUAGAAAAUGAAGACAGUGACAAGGAAAAGAAUGAAAAUAAUCUGUUAGCAGAGAUAAGUGAUGACCUAGUUGAUGUUAAGGAGGAUGUACAUAGUGAACCUGAAUCAGAAGAGGAUGAAGAUGAAAAAUUAAACUUUCAAAUUACGUACCCAAAAGAGCAAGAAGGAACUGAAAACAGACAGAAAAUCGGUUUUGAUACAGUAGAUGUGGAUGAGGAUGAACUUGAAGAGUAUUUAAAGGAGCUGGAAGAUGAGUGUGAUGAAUCAAGUGAAGAUGAGUACAAAGAGGAAGAAAAUGAUAAUAAAAAUGAAAUAGUAAAACCUAAAGAUGAAGUAGAAGACAGCACUAAAGAGUUAGGUACCCCAGAAAAUGUUGAUGUAAUAAUAGACAAUGAGGACAACCACAAAAAGAAUGAAGAAGAAUUUUUUGAUGCAAAUACUUCAGUUGAGGGCAGUAAAAACGACACAAAGGCAACUGUAGAGUGCCUUCCAAAUUCCAAAGAACUAUCUGAAAGUAAAAAUGAAAGUAUUUUGCCUCUUAAUAAUGAUGAUUCUGAAAAAUGCAGAACCAAUGAAGUUGUUAAAGAGUUGGGAAAAGAUAAUAAAACUGAAAUUGUAAAACAGAAUAUAAAUGAAACAAAUAGUGGAGAAGAGAGCAAUCUGCAGCAGCCUCAAAAUCUUGAAAUUAUAACAAGUGACAAAGCAACAAUAAGUCCUGAAAAUAACGAAGAAACACCUGCUAAAGAAGAGAGCUCAGUUGAAACUCCUAGAAGACCCAGCAUAUUAGAAGUCAAAUCUGUCAUGGAAGAAGAGCCUAUAAAAAUCAGCACANCAACAAAUUUUGUUGUCAAUAAUGCAAUUUUCAGAAUAAUUUAA